AUACACAAAGGGCAUCAUCUUGUUGAUAACAUAAAUCAAGCCUUUCCUCAUCUCAGCCAUUCUCCUUCUCGUGCAUCGACAUGUCCAAACUUAGCAAAAACUGCAUUAACCUUGCCCGUCAAUGAACGAAUUUUCAUAUAAUUUUUAACCAUUUCAUUGUUAACUAUUUCAAAAUAUGGGGGACAUUCGCAACUACCUCCAACUUGGACUUCCCUUGGGAAACGCUCUAUUAAUUGUAGCACUGGUUGAACUGACAUUUCUAUUUUGCAUUUGCAUAAUGGAAUUUGCUCGCACAUUAUACUACAAUUUUGUGCAUUAUGGCGUCGUUUCAGAUCCUAACAUUGGAAUAGAACUUGGCGUAGCAGUGCAUAAAACUGUAGCCACGUUCGUAUUUUUAUGGAUUGGGACCAUUUUUAUUGGAAGCCAUCGAAUGUUGUUAGGCUGGAUAGUUUCGGUUCUUCUGUUCGCCGUAUUUUAUGUCCUUAUCGGGAUAGCCUUUGCCAGCCGGGGAUUUUACACGGAAGCAAUUUACUCCAUUAUCACACUGACAUUGAUGCACUCGUAUCAGGCCACGAUUGCAAUUUGGGCCUGGCAAACGCUACGAAGGGGGGAAGCUUUACAACCCAUUGGAAAAGGGGUGCUCUACAUUUGGGAAUAUUUCUGCAAUGAUUUGCACAAUGCGGCCAAGUUUUUCAUCAUUUCAGAAAUUGUCCUUGAUGUUCAGUUCAUCAUAAUUCGACGAUUUCUCCUGUACGUUUUUGCCAUUGAUCUGUCUUCUGAGCAUCCUGCCAUCCUCGGCGAACAAUGGGUCAUGACUGCAAUUCGUCUCAUAAUGGAUGGCAUUGGCUUGUAUUUAGUCAACAAGGACAACAGAAGUAAGGUCAGAUUGUGGUGUCUCGGAGUAGCGAUUCAGGUUUUGAUCAGCACUGCGUUGUUCGUCAUAUUGACCGUUUCCUGGCGAGGAGAGGAUCUCAUUGACACUGUCGCCGUGUUUUUAUUUUUCCCCAUUCACCUCUUAUGGCGAUGCGUGGUGUUAUACUUUUGUUUGAGGUAUACUCAAGUCAAUUUCUCCACAAUGGUUCUUUAAAAGGGAAGGAAAAUUCAGUAGGAAAUGCGUUUACAAACAUAGUUUUAUACAUAAGUGUCGGUAUUUAGCAGUUCCUAGAAGCAAGUAGGGCGUGGUCUUUGAGUUGGAAAUUUAGCACGACCACACACACAAAGGAUAUUUAGAUAAGUGAAGUGGAAUGCAAAUAGUAAAUGGUAUAUAUUGUUGCGAAAAUAGAUCGAUAAUAAAAUUUGAUAUGUCCACACAAUAAAUUUGCAACCUUAGUGAAAUGUCAUGCCCAUAAAUGAAGUAUCAGUUCUAUAACAAUUACUUUAUUAGCUUGAUAUUUAUCAGUCAAGUACAUAAAUAAAUAUUAGCCUUAUUUAUUUGACUAAUUGAAUUAAAUGUGAUACUUAUGACUCGAUUGGUGUGAAGAUUCCUUUUGAAAAUGGUCUUUGAUGAACUUGUAAAGGUCACAUUUAUUAUAAUUAGUUUGCUAUAAAUAAAAACUGGUCCUGUUACAAUGAUUUGUUUGUAUAUGUAAAUAAAUCUAAGUAAUUGGUA